CCGCUCAGGGACUAGUUGAAGAUCGUUUCAUUGCGAGUUUAUAUCAUCAGCGCCACUGCCACUGUUUUGUUUUGUAUUUUUGAAGUCCUUUUUUUGUCCGGAGUAUAUUUUUACCUGCCUGGAUACAUCAAGAAUUUCUGCGAAGUCCCUUUUAUUGACCAAGGAGUUAAUUCAGAGAACACUCUAUUUGAUGCGGACAAGUUCGGAGGAAGUGCAUUUUUUAUCCAAAGCAAAUCUCGAAGUUUGACGAGCGACUGAGACAAAUUUUCAUCACUUCUGAAAAAGUUUCUUGAUCAGAGUGAGGCGAUGCCGCGAUUCUCACGACUUUGGAUCGAUAUAGGAGACUGAAGCGGACCAGUAUUAAUAUCAAGCAGUUCCAUUGUGAUCUAAUAUCAUCGACCGCCUUCACAUUUUUACUGGAAAGACUGGACAUUAACAAUGAGCAUAAUUUACAAUUAUUCAUGGACGCUUAACACCUAGAGGAAACCAACUGUAUUCCACAGAUCAAACAAUUUACUUUCACUCCGCUCCGUCCAUUUGUCAUUUUGCAGAAAAGGCUGAAUUCUAUUCUUAACUUAACCAAGUUCUAAUCAAGUGAUAUUCUUGUUGGUUACUCAUUAAACAAUCGACAUUUGUCUGUUUAGUUUUUUCCGUUUCCUUGUGCUUAUUGGUCAACAUAAUAUCAUUUUAGAAGACUUCGACCACACUGGUCUUUGCACAAACGAAACUUUCACAUUUCAGUCCUGAAGUAGAAUGAAAAACAUGUUCAGUGUGCAAGGUAUGGCUUUCGACAACUUCAAAGAACUUCAGAAUCGGACAACCUCAAAAACUUGCUACCGAUGGGGCAAGAUGACAAUCGCACUGGCCAUCUCACUAUUGUUGCUCCAAUUUGCAGUUGCUUGCAACUCUACAACAGAAUGUUGCCAUGACAACGAACACGGAAUACAAGAACCUGUUACCGUAGAAACGGAGGUUAAUACGGGUACGUCAGAUGCCCUUCUGGUGACGGAACGCUCUCGCUUUUUUAAAAGGCUGAAUUUUACGCGGAGGAUCACGUUCCCGAAUUUUACCCAGUAUGGCGAGGACCUGCCUCCCCUGGGUGACCCGGAGGAUAUAGCGGACUUGGCCAAGCAGAAUGAGGGUCUCCCAGACGAAUGCAGAUCAGAUCUGUGCCCGAGACAGAAUAUAACAGACCUCAAGGGCACCUUCGAGUGGGACUACACCCCUGCGGGAGAGUACGCCUUCUUACCAUGCCCCAACGGGGGUUGGUUGGAGGAAUACUUCCCCACCGCCCCUCCCAUGAUGGUGGCCUACCGCCCCUGCUACCCUCCCACGGAGAGGAAGGGGCUGAGGCAACUCUUCUACGAGGGGGCUUUCUGGGGCGAGCCGGUGACUGAGAUCUGCCGCUGGAGUUCGGAGACAACGUGGAUGCUGGAAGACAUCCUGAAGGCCAUCCGAGAGGAAAUCUUGGACAUGAUCGACAACACACCAAGCAACAACUACAACAGCAACAACGUCACCCGCGUCGUCUACCACCUCCACGAGGCCAGUCUCUUGCUCAACUCCGUCCCCUCCCAUUACCUCACCGAGGUCGACGUCCUCUUCGUGGCAUCGAUGAUCGACACGUCCAUCAGCGCCGGCGUCGAGGGACUCUACGCGGUUACCUCUGAGCUCGGUCAGGAGGUGGUCAAGCUCGCGGACCGGAUGCUGGACCUUGAUAUUUGGACUUUACUCAAGGCCCAUACUUCUUGUCUCAGUAUUGCAGAUAAUCUCGAAAUCUACACCGAGCACGUCAUCAUGGGUAUAUUCGGCGACAAACUGACGCACUACGGUCGCAAUCUCUACAUCGAAGUCGAACAGACGACGCCGGAGUACGUGGAUCAUCUGCCGAAUAGAUGGGUAGUUGUACCCGAAAAUGAGGGAAACUCGGCACCGGAACCGGUCGUAUCGAUCGAGUUUCAGUGGGGUAAAAUUGCAGCGGUGAAACGUCGGAAUCAGACGGAUGGGAGAUCGCAUAAGAUCCGGGAUGGAGAUCGGGACAGAAGGAGAAACCGGACUUUAUUCGAUGACCGGUUCGAUCGGAGAGAUCCGGGGGUAUAUGCAGUUCCUUCAUACAAGCUCAGGGCUACAGCCAUUGUUUAUUACACAGGCAAGUUCUUCGUGAGUGAGUUGUCUCAGAUAGCCCCUGUCGAUGAUACUGUGCUCGUAUACAUCAAGGCUUACGCCGAUGGCGUCCCCGUGGAAGAGAUCACCGAACCGCUCUCAAUCACUUUCUACCACACCAGCGAUAGCCAGGAUGACUUACCAGACUGGGCUGAAUUUGCCUGCGGGUCAGCUCGGCUUCUUAGUUCAAGGGAACCCGUACCUGAUCUCGUUCAGCAUGUUGAGCUCGAGUGGGAUUCGUCCCAUUGCACGAUGAAUUUCACGAACGAGAACUACACCAUCUGUAUGUGCACUAUCUUAGAUAUCAUUGGGUUGAUUAAAGAUGAGCUGCCGACACAAGAACCGACCACACCUGAAACAGCACCGGGACCGCUUGAAUUUAUUGGGAUUCCAAACUCGCUCGGUCUGACAAUAACAAGCUACAUUGGUUAUAGUAUAUCAAUCAUAAGUCUACUACUCACUAUCCUGACCUAUGCGAUCUUUCCGAAGCUCCGUCGUGGUCGUCCGACCCUCAUACACGUCAACCUCUGCGUGGCCAUCCUGCUCCUCCUCGUCCUCCUCAUCUCCUCCGUGGCCUUCUGCAGCAACGUCAUCGGCUGCCGGGUCGCCAACAUCUUCCGAAUCUACACCAUCCUCGUUUCGCUCAUGUGGAACGGUGUCGAGGCUGUCCACAUGUACAUGACCCUUGUAAAGGUCUUCAAUUCGCAAGCGUCUCACUUCGUUCUUAAGGCUGGCUUGGUAGCAUGGGGUUUACCCCUGUUUGUAGUGCUCGUUGCUGCUGCAGUUAAUACUGAGAUUUACGACGGGGUUAUGAUCAACUGUACAUUCAGUUGUCGUUUGAGUACCGCUGCCUUCUACUGCUUGUUCCUCACGCCAAUGCUCAUCAUCGUCCUCUUCAACAGCAUCGUGUUCGGGCUCGUCCUCCGUGUCAUCAGAAAAAUAUAUAAAACUGAUGGUAAGAAGACACUAUUGAAUCAGCUCAAAGGUGCCGUUGCCCUUCUAGCUCUUCUGGGUAUCUCAUGGAUCUUCGGCGCGGCUGCUGCGGUCAACUUCCAAAUCGUCCCGUCAGGAUACGAACCCCAAGCUACUGCCAAUACCUUUCAGGCUCUCUUUGCAAUCAGCGUUGCUUUCCAGGGCUUCUUUAUUUUCAUCUUCCAUUGUGCGAGGUUCUCGGAUGUCAGGCACCAAUGGAAAACGAGUCUAACUCCGAAAAGAUUCAGAAGACAGAAGCGGAAAUCGAGUUGCAUUCCAACUGUUUCUACCGGGUCGGGGAUUGACGGUUUGCAGGACACACGGUUAUAACAUGAACCGCGGAUAUAGCAGGAAUAGUAUAUAUAUCAACAAGGAAUGCGGUGUCCUACGGAUGCGAUAAGCUCAGGAUACGAUAUGUACAUGUGGUAGCCUCUGGAUUGAUCCGGUUAUCUCGAGAUGCGGUAACCUCAGGAUGCGGUAAAUUCGAGACGUGGUAGUCGGUACCUCCUGAAUGGAGUAACCUCAGGCUGCGGUAACAUCGGGAUGCGGUACCCGCUGGACGGAGUAACCUCUAGCUGCGGUAACAUUAUAAGAUGCGGUAACAUUGAGAUGCGGUAAUGACAGGAUGCAGUAAUAUGCGGCAAAUCGCGGACUCGGUC